CUUGGACGCACACCCAAACAGAGUUGAGCCUACCCCAACACCACCUCUUCACCAUGGCCAUCAACAUGACCCUCAACAUCAACAUCAAACCAGCCACAAUCCACCCCAUCUAUACGUUGAUCGCGCAUUACACGAAGCGGCCGAUGAGGUGACCGCCGUGCAAGAAAGAGGAGGAUCCCGCGUGGUGGCGGCCAUGGGGCAUCCCGUCUGUCCCCGCCCGGCGCCUACUAGGAUGCUGCCAAUGGCUCCUCGAGAAACAAAGACGCCCAAUCAGCGCCCGCCAAUGCACUUUUGCCAUGGCUUCACACCUGCACGCCGUCCACCAGCCAGUACAACCGCUGCAUCCCCCAGAUCCCUCCGAAUAUCUUAUGUAGAGCCGCCCGCCUUCUUCCAGCCAUGCUGGCCAGCUCGAGACGUUUCGCUGUUCCACCUGCGUCUGCCACUUCAUCUCGUGCACCCCCUUCCUGUGCCUGCUUGUCGCAAAUCAUAACUCCAAAACAGGCAUCGUCAAUUAGCAUUUCACCUCAUGGUUAUACCAAACCCGCUAGGGUGCUGAUCUUCUGACAUUUAAAACCAUGCCGAAGCCAUCACUCCUCCCAACUGCUCUUGUAUCAUUGAUUCUUGUCCUUUCGUCUGCUUCUUCCCCACUUCCCUACGACUUCACAGACAACUAUCGCGAUCCUGCUCCAUCGCCCGAAGAAGGUCCUCCUGCCUCGUCCACCGCUUCACGAAAUAAGGAAAUCCUCCCUUACCAGAUCACUGGUGUUGUCGGCGGUUACGUUCUCACUGUUCUGUUCUGGGGCAUCUUGCUCCUCACUGUCGGUCGCAGAAUGCGUAGAAAAACAGAAAACUCCCCCAAGACUCUGGAGCUGCAGUUGGUGACAAAACGACCCGAGGAGAGAUUGACCAGUCCAACACCGGCGAGCCCAGCCAGCGCCCGCUCUGCUACAAGCUGGUUCAAGAAGGGUUUCCGCAAAGAAAAGCCCGCGAGCAUUCAAGAAGAACACAGCCCGCAAAGCCCAGCCAGCUUCGACCAAAACGUCUUGAACGCAGACCGAGCCCGCGCCCAAGAAGACAUGGAGAGACUCUAUGCCGCCGUCAUGGAACACGACAGGAAAAAAUCAAUGUCUCAAGCCAGCGCCACCUCCUACGACGAUACCCCCAGCUCGCGCCGUCCAUCUGCCAUCAACACCCACGACCUUUCCGCUCACUCCAACCCAUCCUCCCCCAUGAAAGCCGUUUACCCACCCAACUACACGCAAAAUGGUCCCCCAACCGCUCCUCUCCCCUCGUCCCACCAAUCCUACCGCCGCCCAAGUCUCCAACCCCAAGAACCCGCCUCCCCGCGCAGCGUUCUGUCCCGCAAAUCCGCGACCUCAACCUCAAGCACCAGCAAACCGCGCUUCAAUCUCAAAAACCUCCGCAUCUCAGGCCCCAUCGCAAAAUACCCCAACGACCGCGACGAAGAGGCCCGCACCCCGUUAUCACCCCGCCACCCAUACAACCCCCCGCCUCCACCAUCCCCACCAACCCAACAAAACUCCCCCACCACUCCCGCAGACAUCGAGGAAGCCUACGAGCGCCUCGACGCAGUCCAGCCGCUCCCCCGCCCAGCUCCGCAACGCACAAUCUCCAUCUCGUCCUCCAACGCUGCUACCCCGACCACCGCCACACUCCCCUCCCAACAGCUCCCUCGCUCCGCGGCUUCGUCAAACACAAACCUGCCUCUACGUGGCUACGCUGAGCCCCUGCGCAGUCCCGAUCUCCGUACCACGGUGCUGGAUCGCAGAGUCGAGCGCCUGGGUAUGACGAGCCCCAAGACCGGGGUCCCGUUCACGCCGUAUAGUCCGUACAUGCCAUUCACGCCCGUCACGCCCGUCACGCCGCACCUUGUGACCAAGAGGGAGAGGAAGGCGGCGAGGAAGUUUGAGGGCAGGGGCGUCAAGAGCGACGCGAGGGAUAUGGUGCAGAGUCCCAAGGAUAUGUUUGGGGAUGCUUGGUAGAUGGGGUCGCCAGAUGCCUUUUUAUUCUCCCUCUUCCCACUUGACGAAUUCCCUUUUUUUGUUUUCUGUGUUUAGCUUUUUUAGCAUGUACAUUGUUCUUCUUCUUCUUCUUCUUCUUCAAUCUUUUCUUCGUCUAUUCUUGUACGGCACCAUUGCUUUUUUUCACAGUGGAAUUAUAUCAGUUGAUGAUACCUAUACGGUCAGGGGAACGAAUUGAUGGGAAAUUACCGUUUAUCCUGUUU